AUGCAUCCCCAAAGUCUGCCCAAAGAGAGAGGAGGAAGUGGAGGAGGAAAGGUAGAAGGAGAAAAGGGAGGAGGAGAAGAGGGUGGCGAAAGAGAUGGAACGGGUGGAGGGGGUGAAGGGGGACGGGGAGGUGGAGAUCAUGACAUAGUACGCUACUGCGCCUUUGUAGCAAAAGAGAACCAGAUCUCCCCGGCCGCAGCAGCCCCCAACGCCCUCCGAGAUCGCCUUCGCGGGGGAGAGCGGCCGUUGUGUGGACGCCGCCGGCGACAAUGGCGGGCGGCGGUGGCGGCGGUGACGGUGGUGGCGAUGGUGGUGGCGAUGGCAAUGGCGGAGGCAGCGGUAGUAGCGACAGCGGUGGCGAAGGCUGAAGUGGCGAUGGCAGUGGUGGCGAUGGUGGUGGUGGCGGCGGCAGCGACGACGGCAGUGGUGGGUGGCAAUGGCGGUGGCGGUGGAAGCGGCCGUUCCUGGGGACGGCGAUGUGACUGUGUUCCCGGCAAUGGCAGCUGGUCGCCGUCGCCACUUGCCUGUGGUCAGCGACGCAACGAGUGUUAG